AUGAGGAAAGCUGAUGUGCAAAUGACCCUAAAAAAGGGGGCAGAUGAAGCAGCAGCACCCCCGAGUCCCAUCAUCCCUCCAAAACGGUCCAAAGCAAGUCCGGAGCAAGUUAUGCCUGGUCAUCCCACGCCUGCUCCACCGGUUUUCAUUCGCAAAAUGAGGAAUGCUGCUGUGGGAACAGGCUGUGAUAUCCGCCUCAAGGUGACUGUGACUGGAGACCCUCAGCCAUCCCUGUACUGGUACCACAAUGAUGAUCUCCUCAACAUGGAGAACCAAGAGUAUGGUGGUCUUUGGAUAAGAGACUGCAAACCCAGUGAUGCUGGUCUCUACACCUGCAUUGCCAAUAAUCACCUGGGAGAGGCUCGGACUAGCGCUGUACUGGCUGUCUUGGAUCUGGGUGAAGAUUCUGAAACAACAGAGGAUGAAGGUGAUCAAUUUGAGACCAAAGAAGAAAGUGGUGAUGCUGAGGAUCAGGCUGUUGAUAAAGAAACAGUAAUGGACAAAGGUGCAGAGGAUAGCAAUAGAACACAUGGACCUGAACAUCACUCUAACAGGAACCAGUCUGAGGAUUUUUCAAGAGAAUCUCCACCACAAGUCCUCCCACCACCAUCCCCAAGACUGGUGAAACGUACCUCCACCUCUCCAAUGCCGAGUCGCUCUGGUUCAACUACUCCUAUCAGCUUGCGUAAGAAAACUGUUGUGCCAACUGAAUACCAAGACACAGUACCUGGUGAGUUUGAGGAAAAGGUUAAACAAUCAAAAGGUGUGUCUCAAAGUAACACCCAGGAGUCCCGACCGCAGACUCCACUGAGUGAAUGCUCUCGAAAGGAAUUUACUCUCAGACCUUCACCAAAGCUUACAAGAGCAAGCUCAAAGGUUUUUGAGAAAGUCAGAGGCUUAGAAGAGCGGAGACGAAGUCUAGAUAUUCCAGAAGGUUCUAUCUCAGGAAGAUCCUGGGCAGGGUUCAAUCGUGCUGGAUCUGUGGAUUCAGAUGAUGGUGGAAGCCGGUUAGGCAUCUCUAGAGAAAGUUCAAGGGAAGAUCUUAGGGAGGCUCUGAAAGAAGAUGCUGCUGAACGGAGAUCUGUGUUUAGACAAAGAGCUGCUUCAUUGGAAGAGAAACCUCGCUACUCCCAAAAGGUUCAAGACAUUGAGAACAAGUUCACAGAAGAACUACAACGAAUCAAGAAGCUUGUUGGGAAGCCCCAUCUGAAAAAAUCGUUUUCAACUGAACAACUCACACUUAGGGCAAAGCAGCGCCAGCCUUUCAGGAAAAUCGAACCUAUUCCACCACAAGUUUUACAAAAGCUCCAAGAAAGGGAACGUGCGCAGUGGGCAAAGGAACAAAGAGAAAGGGAACUAGAGGUUGCAUCUCCCCCACAGUCAAUGCAGUUAUCUGACCUGCCAGGACAACGGUCAGUGAGAGAAUUAAACAGAGUCAGUCCCGUUGUAGAAAUCCUUCAGAGAUCAUCAUCGCCAGCGUUACAUCAACAUCAAAGGGAAGAGUCACCAAGCAGAAACAUUACAGAGAUGACAUUACGCAAGAUUGAACGAAGACCGCAAAGUCCGCUUGUUCAAAGGGUAUCUCGAAUGCAAGAACCCACACACAUCCAAGAACCUCUUGUACAAACCGCACAAAAGGAUGAAACGUCAGGGAGAAAGACACCAGUAGAAGUAGUAAUAAGAAAAAUUGAAAAUAGACCAGAAAGUCCUCUGGUCCACAAAAGGUCUGUCAUCAUGCAAGACCAUCCACCUCAAGCUCCUCCAAGAUCCCCAAGAGGAAUAUCAGUUACCUCAACAGAGGAAGUGGAGGUAUCCAAACCAACCUCUAAGAUGAAAGUCCCCACAAUUAUUGUUGAAGAUGAUAAAAUGGAAGAAGAUCAUUCUGUGAAGCCCAAUGAACCCCUGAAGAUGAGUACUGGUGCAAUAGAGGGACAACAGCUGAAGACAAAAGGAAAGAAACGUCGCACUCGACCCAUGUCUCCAGAGUUAGAUUCAUCAGAUGAUUCUUAUGUAUCUGCUGGAGAAGACCCAAUGGAGGCUCCUGUGUUCGAGUUCUCCCUCCAGGACACUGUAGCAACUGCUGGUGCAGAUGUGCUAUUAAAAACUAUAAUUGCUGGAACACCUGCUCCUGAGGUUACCUGGACUAGAGACAACAACAAAGUCACAAGCUUUGCAAAUUUUACGGUUAAAGUAGAGGGUGAGCGACAUAGCUUGCUCAUCAAAUCGGCAAAAGUUAGUGAUAGUGGAAAAUACUGUGUGACAGCAGUUAAUCAGGUGGGCAAAGCCUCCAGCAGUGCCACGGUUGUAGUUAAAGCAGAGUCUGUGCAAGAGCCAAAGGGAACCCUAGGUGUUCCAAUGGAUAUCAGCAGCCCUAUUACAUCUGAUGAGGAGUAUCUCAGUCCUCUGGAGGAAGCUAUGGAUUUUGGAGUCCCAGAACCAAAGCGAACUGUGGAUGCACGAUUCAGAAAACCCCCUUCAUUUCUGGCCACAAUGAGUGAUCAAGAAGUCAUUGAAGGACAAGAAGUCACUAUGUCUGUUCGAAUAAGUGGACAACCCAAACCUAUGCUUUACUGGCUGAGAGACAGAGUCACAGUGAAAACAGGCCCCCGCCAUGUUGUACAUGAGAUGACAGAUGGGAACUAUGAAAUGACAAUCAAGUCUGCGGUGAGGUCGGACUCUGGCGUUUACAUUUGCAGGAUAAUUAAUGAGUAUGGGACGAAACAGUGUGAAGGAAGGGUGGAGGUCAAAGCCCCACCAGUUGAGCCAAGUCUAGCCGUCAUCCGCCCAGUGAGGGACAUCACAGCCAAGGCUGGAGAGACAAUUUUGUUUGAGUGUCACAUCGUUGGACCAAAGGAUACCGACGUGGAUUGGCUCGCAGAUGGGAAACUGGUUCAGCCCGCACUGCUUAAUUGUAAGAUGCACUUUGAUGGGAGGAAGUGCCGACUGCUGCUCAAUUCUGUCCACGAGGACGACAGCGGAACAUACAUGUGCAAGCUCAGCACAGCUAAAGAGGAAGUAACAUCAUGUGGUAAACUCAGAGUCAUUCCCUCCUUUGAGCCUCUCUUCACGCGAAUGUUGGAUGUUUUGGAAGUGAUUGAAGGUCGUAAUGCUCGAUUUGACUGCAAAGUCAGUGGGACACCACCUCCUAAGGUCAUCUGGAGUCACUUUGACCAGCCACUUAUAGAGAGUGAAGACAUUCGUAUUCUUCAAGAGGGCGGCCGCCAUUCUCUCAUCAUUUCUCAUGUGACUGCUGAGGAUGAGGGUUUGUACAUGAUCACAGCACGCAACAGUCAUGGCGAAGCAGAGAGCGCCGCUGAGCUUUACAUACAAGAACCACGGCCAGCCAUCUCCUCUCAGAUGGCUAAACUGGAGAAGAUGCCAUCCAUCCCAGAAGAACCAGAGAUCCCAGAGAAUGAGGUGGAGCGCUUCACCAUGCCCGACUUCAUCAAACCCCUCUAUGAUCUGGAUGUGAUCGAGGGAAAAGAGGCUGUGCUGAAAUGCAAAGUGGCUGGUUUGCCAUACCCAACAAUUGCCUGGUUUCACAAUGGCAAAAGGAUUGAAAGCACAGAGGACAGAAAGAUGACACAGUUUCGUGACAUCCACAGCCUGGUCAUCCGCUCUGUGUGCCACGCCCAUGGUGGUGUUUACAAAAGUGUUAUCUCUAACAAAGUAGGGAAAGCCACCUGCUAUGCCCAUCUCUAUGUUACAGACAUCCUGCCUGACCCUCCAGAUGGUAUUCCAGUGAUAGAGUCCAUCACUGGCAAAACAAUCACUGUAAGCUGGAAGAAACCAAGAAGGUUGGACCCUUCCAUUGAUCCCAGCUCUCUGAUGUACGCCAUCCAACAGCAAGCCCUAGGUUCCAUCCAGUGGAUCAUCAUAGCCUCAGGCCUGAAAGAGACAACCUACACCAUUACAACCCUCUCCAAAAAUGUGCGCUAUGCCUUCAGGGUCUUGACCAUCACCUCCAAGGCCUUCAGCAAGCCUUCACCUGCCACUGAUCCCGUGCAGCUCCUGGACCGAGGUCCCUACCUGCAAGAGGCUCCAGUUAUUAUUGAUAAGCCAGAAAUUGUGUAUGUGAUUGAAAACCAGUCAGUUUCUAUCCCUGUCACUCUCAAUCAUGUCAACGCUUCGGUCACCUGGAAGAGGAAAGGAGCGACCCUGGCCAACAAGCCUGGCCUGUAUGAGACGACCAUGCCAGAUGACGACCAGCACACGCUGAAGCUGCUGAAAGUGAAGAGUACUGAUGUUGGAGAGAUGACAUUUGCAGCCUCCAAUGAGCAUGGAAGUGACAGCUGCACCUUCAAUGUGGAGAUAGCAGCUCCACCAACAUUUGAGACUAUUAUGGAAGACUUGGACGUUUGUAAAGGAGAGACCCCUCGCUUUGCUGUGGUUGUGGAAGGCAAACCCAUUCCUGACAUCCUCUGGUUCAAGGGGGAUAUUCUGCUGUCAGAGAGCAGUCAUUACACAUUUGUGUAUGACGAUAAUGAAUGUUCCUUGGUGGUCCUAAAUGCUCACCCAGAGGACUCUGGGGUGUACACCUGUACUGCUCGAAACCUGGCAGGAUCUGUCUCCUGUAAAGCUGAGCUCACCGUUCACCAAGCUAAAAUCAAAGAGGAAGCAAUGGAUGAUGAGGGGUCUAUUCUAAGAAAAAUGCGUAGGCUGACAGACUAUUACGACAUCCACAAGGAAAUCGGGAGGGGUGCAUUUUCCUAUGUAAAACGUGUCACCCAGAAGUCGGACAAGAUGGAGUACGCAGCAAAGUUUAUCUCUACUCGGGCCAAGAAAAAGGCAUCUGCUCUGAGAGAGAUGAACCUGCUGUCCAGGCUGGACCAUGACAGAGUCCUUUACUUUCACGAUGCCUUUGAGAAGAAGAAUGCAGUCAUCAUCAUCACAGAAAUAUGCCACGAGGAGCUGCUUGACCGACUCACACGGAAGUCUACAGUAAUGGAGUCUGAUGUACGUUCAUGUAUAAGACAACUGCUUGAGGGGUUGGACUACCUUCAUCAUCUAAACAUCAUACAUCUGGACAUCAAGCCUGAUAACAUCCUCAUGGUAGACCCCAACAGCGAUCAGAUUAGAAUCUGUGAUUUUGGCAAUGCAGUGGGGAUCACACCCGAUGAGGCUCAAUACUGCAAAUAUGGCACACCGGAAUUUAUUGCACCAGAAAUCGUUAAUCAGACCCCUGUUUCAAAAGCAACAGACAUUUGGCCUGUAGGAGUUAUAGCAUACUUGUGUCUGACAGGGAUUUCUCCAUUUGCUGGGGAGAAUGAUCGCAGCUCUGUACUUAACAUCAGGAACUACAAUGUGGCAUUCGAGGAGAGCAUGUUUGCCGAUCUUUGCAGAGAGGCUAAAGGGUUCAUCAUAAAGCUGCUAGUAGCAGACAGGCUGCGACCUGACACACAGGAAUGUCUGAGACACCCCUGGUUCAAGAUACUAAGCAAAGGGAAGGCCAUAAGUACAGAAGCCCUAAAGAAGCUUGUGUCUCGCAGAAAAUGGCAGCGGUCUAUAAUCAGUUAUAAAUCAAAAAUGCUCAUGAGAUCCAUCCCUGAGUUGUUAAAUGACUCCUCCAGCCAUAUUUCCAUUGCAGUUCCAAGGCACCUUAAAGAAGGUUCACCUUUGGCAUCAUCAUCCUCUGAUUCUGAUGAAGACAUUGAUGAACUGCCUUUUAUUCCUAUGCCGCUUAACAUGGAAUUCUCUGAAUCAAGGAUGUCACUGAAUGAUAUUCAGACCAAUGAGGAAGAAGCAGGAAAGCAGAAAGGGGCAGGAAAAUGGUCUGGGUCACCUGUUCAAGCCCCAGAGGCAAUGGAGUGUGACACUAAAGAAUUAGAUAAAGGAAGUGUUGAAGUAGUAGGUAAAGCCCGCCUUCGGAAAAGGUCAUCACAAGACAAUGACAAGGGUUCAUCAGAUGAAGAAACACCUACUGAAUUGCCCCAAAAGUCAGAGCUAUCUAGAAAACCACUGAAAAGAGGGUCAAGCAUGGAGUCUGAUAAAGCAGAAGGAGGACGACGAAGGGGAGAGCUAAGACGUGGUGGUUCAGCUGACAGUGCAUUAAUGCUCCGAAUCACACCAGAGGAAGGAGCUGGGGAAGAAAACCAAGAAGAUGGCCGAAGGGUUCUGAAGAAAGCUGUCUCUAUGGAGUUACCAAGGAGAAGCACCAGCCCAGGAACUGCCAAGUUGAGUCAAGAAGACUAUGCUCUUAAACUGGAGUUGAUGAGACAACGACUGCUUCGUGGUGGGUCUGUAGACAACAAGAUGAGUGGAUUAAGAGGACCCCUGUUGGAAACGUUAGGAAUGGGAGAUGAAAAGCGUGCAAUAGGCUCAGAUCGCUACUCUCGCACUCGUCUUGGCCCACCUCCACUCACUAGAGCUGCUUCUAGUGAAUUUCCUCGGGAUGAAGUUCCCAAACCUAAAGUUUUACGUAAAAGUACUUCUUUCAGUCAGGGUGAUUCUGAACCUGUACCUUUACACCGGCGAUCAGGAGCUCCUCUAGAGAUUCCCCUGGCACAGGUUGAGGAGCGAAGGCUCAAGGAGGCUAUAUCAAUGUCAGCUCUAACAGAGCAAAUUAAACUAGACUCACGUCCAGUAACUCCCAGAGAACCUUCACCAAAACCACCAACUCCAGAGUCUGUCAUGCAGGAGAGUCCAACCAUAACAGAAAGUGAGGAAUUGCUAAUGGAGAAAGACAUAAAGUCUGAUCAAACUACAAAUGAAAAGAUGGAUGGACUGACUACAGAUAGUAAUUUUGAUGAGAGAUCAAGCACAAGUGGGUUUUCAGAGAAGGACAUGAGUAUAUCAGAGGAACCAAUAGGUGAAUCAGAGUAUAUGGGCCAGAGAAUUCCUACACCUCUAUCAGUCCAAAGCUCUAAACCUGAAGAUAAAAUGGAAGAGGAGGAAGAGGAAGAAAAGAUGCAAGAAGAAAGAGAAGAAUUUGUAAAAGAAGAAGUGGAAAGAGUUGUUGAAUCAAGUGCUAACGAAAAUGUAGAAGCUGCCGUUGAGCAUAUAGGAGAGAAAGCAAGCAUCCCUGUAAAAUCUUCUGAGAUAAUUAUAAGCACAAGCUCAGUUAACGUAAAACCAACACAGGAACUUUUCCAGACAACAGGAAGUGUUUCCUCAACAUUUAUAACACCUUCCCUUCCUGCACGAGUUGUUCUUCCAGAUGGAAGGAUGUCAGCUUAUGCCAGUAUAAUGCAGACUAUCAUGGUCCCUGCCCUUCAGCCUCUUAAUGAAUCAUCCCUAGGCCCCACUACACCUGUCGUUCCACCUUCUGCAUCAUCUUCACAAGUAGGUGUAUCACCUGAUUUACCUGGUCCAUCAAAGCAAGUCAUUAUGCCAACAACUGAGCACCCUGCAGUGUACUCCAGGGUAGCAUCACCAGAAACGAUCACAAAGGAACCCAGUCCACCAAAGACUUUGACUCAAUCCUCAUACCAGCUAGAGCCAUCAGCAGGAGCUGAAUUAGAGGAUAUUACCUCUGAAGAGGUUUUUGAGGCCCGCUUCAAAAAACGCGAAUCUUCCCUCUCAAGAAGUCUAAAAUUUCUGUCACGGUCAAAGAAUGAAGACAAACCACAAACUGCUCCAUCAGAUUCUACAGAUACAUUUGAAGAAAUAUACAGACCUGGGCCAAUUGGUGCACCAUUGGAAUUAGCCUCAAGGAGACUCGAGGAGAAGUCUAAGUCAGUCCAAGACCUUCGUGAAGCUCAAAAGGACCAAGGCUUCAUGAAAAGGCUCUCUAUGCGGUUGAAGAGAACUCCAUCAACAGAGCGUAAGGAUGAAACUCCAAAAGAAGAUGAUUCUUUUGCUUCAAGACGUAGGCUUUCUUGGACUCUUGGCAGAAGAGGGUCUCAGGAAAAGAAAGAUGUGGAGAUGAUGCGAGUAGAUGGAGGAGGAGAUAGAUCAGGGGAAAAUGAUGAAAAUGAAUUGAAGAAACCAAAUGAAUCACCUGUGUUGGCAAUGCGCAGGAAGAUCGAAUCAACAGUGGCUGGGAUUUCCACAAGAAUUCGCAGCUACUCAGAGGAAAGGAGAGCAUCAGAGGAAAGGGAACCAAAGAGGACACCCAUUCUUUCCAUGCUUCGUCGUGCAACAUCAGAGAGCCGAGCUAUGAAAACCCCCAAUAUUUCUCAAAACCAGCUGGCAUCUCAAGCCAGCAAUGGUGCCUCAUCAGAAUCUCUAGACUCUAUGUCCAGCCUAAGGUCAGACACAAAGGGUGUGGAAGCUGAGCGCAGAUCCCGCUGGGAUCGAUGGGGGUUGACUAGAGGGAGGCGAGAUAAGACAGUUUCACAGCCUGACAUACCAACAGCAAUCUCCAGAGACAAUAGCUCUUUACGUUCACGCCAAUACUCCAAACUGGCUUCUGAUUUUCCUCCAGUCUUCCACAUCAAAUUAAGAGAUCAUGUCUUAUUGGAGGGCGAUCCUGUGACACUCAGCUGCCUGCCAGCAGGAAGCCCCCACCCACACAUCUCCUGGUUGAAAGAUAAGAAGCCCCUGGAGAUUGAUGCCAGGAUGAAUAUGAUUUCCUGCCCUGAUGGUCGGCAGCUGCUGAUGAUCAUGCAGACUACCAAAAAGGAUGCAGGGGUGUAUGAAUGUGUUGCUACAAACCCCCUGGCCUCUGUGUCCAGCUCUUGCACAAUAUCUCUUGCACGCUUGCCCAAUCGCCCUGGGACCCCUGAGAUUCCUCAGAAGUAUAACAACACAGCACUGGUGCUGUGGAGGCCCUCCGACACCAUGGCCCCGUGCACAUACUCCCUUGAGAGGAGAGCAGAGGGAGAGCUCAACUGGCUGAUUGUUGCCACUGGAGUGGCAGACUGUUAUUUCAAUGUUACUGACUUGCCAGCAGGGGGCUCCUUCAGGUUUAGGGUGGCCUGUGUCAACAAAGCUGGACAGGGCCCCUACAGCAACCUGUCCGAGGUCAUCACUUUGAAUUCCUCAGAACCAGCUAAAUCCAGCGCUGCUGUAGUGGUCAAGACUGUUCCUGCAACUACUUCUGCUACCCCCGUGGUAAUGAUGUCAUCGAUGAAAGUGCCUCCCAUGAAACCAGCUCCAAGUAAACCCACAACAGGGGCAAAUGCUCAACCUGCCCCUCCCUCGUCUUCGGUUCCUGCCCCGUCUGUAGCUAAAUCUGCCUCACCAGUAACCGUCACACCUGCUGUGCAGGCCAGUGCUGGCCAUUCUGCUAUUUCAUUACCUGUUAGCCCAACCCCUGCUGAACAAGCUCCUGUUCAGACCACCACUGUUACCCAAACCAUGCCAACUAAAGCCAAGACCUCCAUUAGCAUCAGUGUGAGCAAACCGCAAGCAAAGCUGGCACCUCCACCUGUUGUUCCACCCAAGCCUCAGAGUCCUGUGCUUGCAUUCCCAUCCAUGACCAACAAACCUCCUUCUCCAACACAACCACCAGCUCCUGUCAUUGGGAAACCUAUUUCAUCUGUACCAAUGUAUGUUCCAUCUGCGACUGCUCGUGUCACCCCCCCUUCCCAAGCUACUCCAUCCCCAACUGCUACAGCACCAUCAGUGACUCCUGGGAUUGUGACCAUUUCCCCACCUGUUGUAGUGGUGCAAAGCUUGACACCAGUUCUACAGGGAGGGGACAGCCACAGUACUCCAUCUGGACGGGUCACACCUUCGGGACGCAGGACGCCCCUGGGCAAGCCUGGGGAGGGAUCUUUGCGCCAAGGAGUUCCACAGAAACCGUAUACAUUUAUGGAUGAGAAAGCAAGGGGUCGGUUCGGUGUGAUCCGGGAGUGUCGGGAGAACGCCACAGGCAACCUCUUCAUGGCUAAGAUAGUUCCAUACGAGGCUGACAGCAAGCAAGGGGUGCUUCAAGAAUAUGACAUCCUCAAGUCCCUUCAUCACGACAGGAUCAUGGCUCUACAUGAAGCGUAUGUCACGCCUCGCUACCUGGUGCUCAUAUCGGAGUACUGCAGUGGGAAGGAGCUGCUCUACAGCCUCAUCGACAGGUUCCGUUACUCAGAGGAUGAUGUGGUGACCUAUAUUGUGCAGAUCCUUCAGGGUCUGGACUACCUGCACACUCGCCGCAUCCUGCACCUGGAUAUUAAACCAGAAAAUGUCAUCGUCACCCACAUGAACGUCAUCAAGAUCAUUGAUUUUGGAAGUGCUCAAAUGUACAAUCCUCUGUUCCUCAAACAAUUCAGCCCUCCAAUCGGAACACUGGAGUUCAUGUCUCCAGAGAUGUUGAAAGGGGAUGUUGUGGGCCCUCCAGCUGACAUCUGGAGCGUGGGUGUACUGACUUUCAUCAUGUUAAGUGGCAGGUCUCCUUUCCUGGAAAAUGAUCCUCAGGAGACUGAAGCCAGGAUCCAGGCAGCGAAGUCUGACCUCUCUAAACUCUACCAGAAUGUGUCCCAAAGUGCCUCUCUGUUCCUGAAAAAGAUCCUCUGUAGCUACCCUUGGGCUCGUCCAUCCAUUAAGGACUGCUUUAAUAACUCCUGGCUUCAAGAUGCAUACCUGAUGCGCCUUCGUCGGCAAACUCUCACCUUUACAACGACCCGACUCAAGGAAUUCUUGGCCGACCAGCAGCGCAGGCGACAGGAAGCGGCCACCAAGCACAAAGUCCUACUUCGAUCCUACCAGAGCUCGCCACAAACUCCCACCAGCCCUGCCACACCAGCCGUGCCAACGUCCCCCUCCACACCUGUCACUCAGUGAAAGCAGACUUCCGAGCAUCAGCUGGCAGGACUUCACAGAGGGCAAACAUCCUCAACGUGAGACAGGACUUUGGACCAGGUGGUGGAGGAGGCCCCAGCAGGUCUCAGUUGUUGAACUUGGGUCAGAAGUAUUUUACUCAUUAAACUAGCAGUGGCUGUGAUCACCAGAGACAUUAUUUCUUGUCUUUUCUGGUUUCUUAUGAGAAUCUAACUAAGGGAGCUUUUAGAAAGCAGCCCUCUCCAUACAGGGUAAGAUGUUGUCUUCAGGUUAGCACCUCAAAGUUUGUAACUUUGCAUACGUUUUGGAUUAAUAACUUCUUUUACUAGUACCUCUACUCUGACAAGAGAAGAUAUUUUACUAUGGUGUUUUAACACGUCAUGUGAGGCUAAAAUAAAAAAGAACACUGUUAUAAACUAUCAGUGCAAAGAAUAUUGCCCUGUCAAUAUUACUCCACACAACCUAAAGCAAAUUUUAAAACAACUGAUGCCUUUGAAGUUGGAGGACCAUCUGGUAAAAUGUUUCCCACAAGCCAAACAACCUGUAUUUUGUUGUAUGAAGUCAGUUCUGUUUCCCAGAUGAACAGCAUCCCUGCUUUCAUUAGCUAAAUGUAACCUGUGCUAGCAGAGUUCUUAUACUCUGUUAGCAUCUCAGUGAUGGUCAAGACUGUAGCAGUUCCAGAAGGGACUUUGUUGCUUUUGAUUUCUCUAAAAAACAUAUAUGGAGCUCAGAAGAUGCAUCAGUGGAUUCUAUACAAGGGCUAUUAGGACAAAACAAUGUCGAUUUCGGCAAUUCCCCAACAUGCUAUGUUAGCAUGAAGCAUCCAGUGCUUCAUGCUAACAGUUUAGCUUUGAUUGUUUCAUUCACAAGUGCGGAGUUGAAAUUAUUUUUUAGAUUUUUGUGAUUAGAUCUUCAUCUUGGAGCUUCCAUUGACAUCUUUUUUCUUCCAACAGUAAAGUGGCAAGUACUAGUAUGCCACUGUAGGGCUCCUUGAUGCUGGUUCAUCCAUUAUAAAUAGUUAGCAACCAGCUUAUUAGCAUUUGUUUUAGCUAAACUCUUCCACUCAAACCAGUGUGAGAUACUGAAGCCAUGUGGAGGUAUUCAUGGUGAUCUCUGACUUUUAAACACAUUGCUUUAAAGCUUUCAGACAUGCAUAUAAAAAACGUUUAUUAAAUGUUUUUACUGUGAUUGUGCAGGAUGAUGAUGAUGAACUCACAUUACAAACCCACUGGUGACACUGGGGGUGCAUCUAAGUGCCCUUAAGGAGCAGUCAGCAGAAAAUGGCAAAGAAUGAAAACAUUGCUGACCGUGUUAGUUCGUAUUUUAGCUGUCAUUUUCAUUUUCUACAGCUAGCUACUGCUUCGGAAAAGGAGUAGCCUUUUUUUUUUUUUUGGUUUUACAUAAAAGUGAAGUAGACUUCUAUUUUUGAUGAUAUACAUAAUCCCUCAAUUAAGUAGAAAGUUAUUCUUUGGUUUCCAUGUUUAAGGCCAGACAAAGCCCAAAGAAAGAACAAAUGUCUGGUGGAUAUGUGGCUGCAUUUGAAAAGCCCCACUCAUCCUGGAUUAAGGUCAGUCAAGACCAAAUGUGAAGCAUGUUUGGGCCAAAAUUUGACAGCUAUCUGAAAGAUCCUUCAAAAAUGUAUAUUGCAAAUCUUACUGGCAUAUUGAAUACUGGAGCAUCGCCACUAAGGUUACCGUGAUCAUACGUUUAUAAUUAAAUCUGGGCUCAUCUCUUUAUGGUAGAUAAUUGGUUAAGUCAGUUUCUUUUGUCUAUAAAUAUGCUGCUUUCACUUUUGAAGAUAAACUCAAUUUUUAAGACAGUGUGUAAAACAUUUGAUUUUUGAUGCUGCCCUCACAUAUGUCACUAUAAAGCACAGAUUUUUGCACAUUUUUGAACAGCUUAAAAGAAGAAUUGAACCUUUUUAAGGAAAGACAGUUUUGAGUCGUUUUUCGGUGAUGUAAAGCUGCAUCCUACAUCAAAUUGUGAGUUGUUUUAAUAUGUCACUAGUUCUAUAUACUCAAGUGCUUUUGCCAGAUAAAUACUGCCCUUUAUCCGCAGCUUUUUUAAUAGUCUUUUUGGCUCAGUCAUUUUUCUAUGCAGAAUCCCACAAACAGUUACAUUAAACCUGAAUGAAAACCAGCAUGAGUGCAAUGCUGCAUUAAAUUCUAAAUGUUUUUUUUUUUCCUUCAAUCAAACCGCUUUUUGUUAGCAGACAACAAUGUUUCUCCACAUUUUGUAUAAAAAUCUGGUGAUAUUUAGUGGAAUGUGUUGCAGUGCCUCGUGAUGGUAUCAGAUCCAGAGAG